UAAACGGAAAAGUCUGCCCAACAAAGCAAAGCUUGACGGAUCUCUCUGAAUCCUCAAGCCCAGUCUUCUAGGAAUUGUGUUUGGGCAACUAGACUGAUCAAAAUCCCUAAUUCAUGAAAAAUAAAAUUGAUGACAGAAUGUCGCAGAACGGAAAAUUGAUGCCGAAUCUGGACCAACAGAGCACAAAGCUGCUCAAUCUCACAGUUCUUCAGCGAAUCGAUCCUUUCGUCGAAGAGAUUCUCAUUACCGCGGCUCAUGUUACCUUCUAUGAGUUCAAUAUCGAGCUCAGCCAAUGGAGUCGCAAGGAUGUGGAAGGAUCCCUUUUCGUCGUUAAGAGGAAUGCACAACCUCGGUUUCAGUUUAUUGUGAUGAACCGGCGUAAUACAGAUAAUUUGGUGGAAAAUCUGUUGGGAGAUUUUGAGUAUGAGAUCCAGGUUCCAUAUCUUUUAUACCGUAAUGUAUCUCAAGAAGUUAAUGGCAUUUGGUUCUACAAUGCAAGAGAAUGUGAAGAGGUUGCAAAUCUUUUCAGCAGGAUUCUGAGUGCAUACUCUAAGGUGCCUCAAAAAUCGAUGGUGUCAACAAAUAAAAGCAGUGAAUUUGAGGAACUUGAAGCUGUCCCAAGUAUGGCAGUCAUGGACGGUCCUCUGGAGCCACCAUCUUCGGCUGCCUCCAAUGUUGUUGAUGCCCCAGAUGAUCAUGCCUUUGUGAACUUCUUUAGCGCAGCUAUGAAUAUGGGUAAUCCUUCACUUGCAUCAGUUGCCGGUCAACCUUACCAAUCUUCCACACAAAUCCCUUCACCUUCCCUUCCUGUUAGUGCUCUCCCUCCCACUGUUCCAUCCAUGCAAAUGCCAUCUCCUUCUCUGCCAGCAUCUACUCCUUUAAUACCACUUUUUGAUACCCUUGAACCCAUCAGCAACAUCAACCGGGCCGCUAAUCUUGUAAAACCCUCUUCAUUUUUUGUUCCUCCUCCUUUGGCUGCCAGGACGACGCCACCUGUAUCUUCAUCACUGCCUACUGCUCCUCCACUCAACCCUCCCGUGAAUCUGCAGCGUCCAUAUGGUGCUCCACUGCUUCAGCCUUUCCCCCCACCUACGCCACCACCACCAUCUCUGACUCCUACUACUGUGCCUACUGCCAACUAUGGUGCCGUCAUCAACAGAGACAAAGUUAGAGAUGCCCUUUUGGUGCUUGUUCAGGAUGAUCAAUUCAUUGACAUGGUUUACCGUGCGCUGCUAAAUUCACAUAACGCUUGAUCUGUUGGAGGAGGCACCAACUUGUGCUUGCUGGAGUUUUGUUUACGUGUAGCUUUAUUCCCGGACUGUGGGUGUGUAAGAAGGCCCAAUUUGUAUAGUAUUCGACUCUUGUUGGUUCCCUUGGCUGUUGAAGUAUAUCAUUAUAUAUUAUCACUGUCAUAUUUGUUGUUGGCAUGCUAAUAAGCUUGUUCCAUUGGAUAUCAAAUGCAUAGGAGGUAUUUUAAGUUGCAAAUCCUGGAAUUCAUUGGUGAGUUGUUUCCUGA